CCCUCUCUCUUUCUCUCUGUUCUUCUCUCUCUCUCUUCCUCUGUCUUUCUCUUUUCGGAUCAUCCGCCUCCUCCGUGGAUUCUAUUUCUUCGAUGUGCAAGUAGUGUUCGUACGUCGUAGUCCGCGGGUAGUCCUGUUGCCAAACAAGAAGGUUUCAGCAUCUGAGGUGGCACGUCGACUCCGAGAGCCUAUUAGACCCGCCGAGACACGAGGUGCUGUCAAGUAUCGGGUCGUUAGGAACGAGGGUCGCGAAGAUGUGUCGCGGCGCGUUUCAACGUGCGCGUAAAAAAAAGUGAGGUUUCUUCAAGAUCCUGCGAGAAGGAUACGAUCGGUUCGAUGACUGGCUACGCGAAUUGCGAUCGAUCCACCCUCUUCUCCCCGCGAUGGUGAUCGCUGGUGGUGGCUCCGAAACGUUCGAGUGAUCCCCCUCCUUCGUGUACACUCGGCGAACAAUCGCGGCGGACGAUACUCCCUGCGAGGGUGAAGAAGGAAGAAGAACAGUCGAGGGACUGAAUUUCCGUCGUGAUACGUCGGGAUUAGCCCGAUAGAUACCGGAGAAAUUGCGACGCGACCCGGGGAACAAAGAGAGUCCCUCUCUCUCUCUCUCUUUCUCUCUGUCCUCGACUGACGCGGGGGAUUAUCGGUCUACGAGGGCGUCGGAGAGGAGCGGGAAAGUUCAGGCAGAAAAACAAGUAACGCGUAAAUCCUUCUAUAUCCAGUCGCGUCGGCGAUACGACUAUAACAAAAAAAAAAAGAAAGAAAAAGAGACAACUCUUUUCGCUACCACUCUUUAAUCCCAGCUGAAAACUAAAGGAAAUUCCUGUGUAUAUAGGACGAAAGCCUUAUCGCGGAAAGAACUGAACGCACAAUGUUUUGCUUCCAAAGUCCCUUCACGCGAUCGUCGCGCAGUGUCGUGUCCACGGCUUCCCUGUCGUCGAGCAAGAGCAAGUCUUCCCUGACGAGCGCGAUCCUGCCACCCAGCGAGAAGACGUCGCCCAACGCGUCCGAGUGCAAUCGACGCGGUUCCGAGGCUACCAGCGAAAGCUCCAACUCCUCCAUCAGGUACAUCGAUCAGGCCUCGAUGUCCGGCGGCAGCAGCACGGACACUCUGCCGGGUAUCCGCGCCGAUUAUCUGGAUCCCGAACCCCUGUCACCUGGCGCGGACGCUCUGACGUCACCCAGUGGAAUUACAGUCGUUUUGAACGGGACCCCCAACGACAGACAGAUCGUCCUCCAAGAUGAGAGUCAUCAGACCGCCGGUAGAGUCCUCGCGCCGUCACCGACCAAGAAGUCCGGCGUGAACGGCAACAGCUGGCAUCGCAAACUCAUCCUACGGUUCCGCUCCAGUGACUCAUCCAGCUUGAACAACGGCGAGACGCGAUCUUCUUCGACGUCACCGUCGCCCGCGAGCGAGUCGACGUUGGAGUCGGCGUCGUCAUUCUGCUCGAGAAAUCCUCGCGGUGACGAGAACAUAGGCGAAGCCACCGUUUCCUCGCCGUCGGUGCAGAUCGACAUGACCGGGAGUCCCCAGGAAGCCUUGGAGAACGGUUUCAGCGAGCCCGGAGAGGACGACGAGGAGGAGGAGGACGAGGACGAGGAGGUCUGUAACCCGGAGACCGAGACCGAGGAAGGCUCGUCCUUGCCGUCCAGUCCAGCAGCCGCGUCCACCGUCGGUCUCGCCACCUCUGCCGUACCCUAUUACGACUUCCUGUCGGUGAACGGAGGCGCGAUGCGCCAGGAGACCACCAGCACCAGCUCGCCGCAGUUGUCCUCGGGGACGAGUCUGCGAUCCAGCGUCGAAUCCCCGCCUGCGGAUACCUGCAGCUCUUACGGCGAGGACAGCAGUCCGGGGAUGGACUCGCUGAAACCGGAGGGCCUGGACACGUCCGCGGGUUGUCUACCCGCCGCGAGGUCCUGUCCGAAUCUGGAGCGGCAGAGCGCGGGUUGUUCGUCGGCCAGCGGUUCCUCGAGCGCGAGUCCCAGUCCGGGUCCGGCCGGACCCAGAUUCAAGCCGCUCGAGGAGGGCGACAUCCAGGUCUGCUACCUGAAUCACACCCGGACCCUGGUGAGGAAGAUCCUGUCUAGCAAGUUCCUGCGACGUUGGGAGACGCAUCAUCUGUACCUCAACGACGCCUGCCUGUCCUCCAAAACGCUCACGGGUUUCCUUCAACAACCUAUUCCGUACAGCAGCAUGUCGGAGGUCCGAAAGUAUGUCGUCGCCAGAUGGGAUCCCGCAUAUAAGAACUGUCUCAGCAUCGUUUUGCCGGAUGGAUCGUUGCUCCUACAAGCCAGCAACGCGUACACGAGGGACCAGUGGUAUCACUCGAUUUUAUGGAAAAAGAGCAUCUUCAAGUAUCAACAUUUGGUGUCUAUGAGCACACGGGAAGAGGUGAUCUUGCGCGAGUUGCGCACCAUGGUCGACUUCGCCCUGUGGACGCCGCUCCAGGACGAGAGGGUGGCAGGCGCCCCGUUGGAAGCUGUCGCCAAACUCCUGGAGGAGCCUAGCCCGAUUACGGAUCAGCCCGACACGGAUGCGAAGAUUGAAGGAAUCGUUCGCGAUCGUAGGAGCUGGGCGGAAGCUGUGCUUUCCGUUGUGGCGCCGCUUUUGGAAAAGGCCGCUCCCCCGGCGGCUCUCGCGAGAGCACUCGCCAGACUAGCGCAACAGCAUCCGCGGUCGCAGCUGGUCCCGAUGCUCAGCCCUGCGAUCACGAGAUGCCUGAAACACACCGUUGACUUUGGCAAGUCGCCGGACAUGAGGAAGUUGCUGCAGGUCUUCGUCGCAGCUCUGUACGAGAACAACGACGGCGAGCAGGCGAUCAGAGAUUACAUCUUGUCGGUUCACGGACCGGGUAGCGAUUGUCCGCACCCAAGGGUACUUCCCAAUCUCGUGUCCAUCUGCGUCGCGGCUAUAUUCCACAGGUUCGAAGUGUCGAGUCGCGUGUCGUUAAACGAGGAUAAGCCGCCGUCAUUGCCGCCCUUACAAUGCUACUUGCUCGUCUUGAAUAUUGCAUCGGAGUACGCGGACUGGCGUCCGGGUCUCGGAGCACUUUUACAACCUGUCCCGUUCCCGGAGGAAGCUCUGGCCGUAAAGAAAGUGCAAGAAUCGGUGCUGAUGUGCGUGAUGAAACGACUGGCGAAAGAUCCGAGAUGCACGGUGCAUCGCGUUUUACUGCCUGUUCGAGAACCGCGUCCUGGUUGGAUCCACAUCGCCGCCCCGUCCAGCCCGGCCUGUCCAGAUCGCGGAGAACUGUUCGGUGAGAUGCUGACGACUCUGCUGGCGUGUUGCUGUCGGCGAAAGAGGUUCAUCGCGUCUCUGCUGAAGCAGGCGGGCGACGAUUGCAUUUUACUGGCGGUGCGAGGCUGCGACGCCGCGCAAGAGGCUCUUUGCUUGAUGCUGGAGUGGCGUUUGCUGGCGAACGAGGAGGCGAGACUCCAGACAGUCAACGCGCUCGAGUCUACGGAGUCCGGAAAGCGUUAUGCCGCUCUCUGCCAGAGACAGAAGAAUCUGCAGGAACUGCAACAAAAGGGCGGACCGCGUAAACUGACAUUGCCAGUACGAGCGACCGAUGCCGACGUCGCCCUUCUUCUGGGUGGUCGCGCCCUCGGUAAUCUCGAGUGUCUCAGCCUAGCCUUUACCUCCGUGACGUCCGCGUGCGCGGAACAGCUGAUCAAGCUGCCGGCACUCCGAUAUUUAAAUCUAUGGGCCACGCAAUUCGGCGACGCCGGCCUACAGAUGAUCAGCGAGCACCUGCAGAAGCUCCAGGUGCUGAAUCUCUGCGAGACGCCCGUGUCUGAUAAAGGCAUCUCUACGUUGGCCUCAUUAACCAGCCUAAGGAAGCUGAACUUAAACAGCACGAAGCUGUCGGCCCAGACGUUUGAGUCGCUGAAGAAGCGAUUGCCGGCUCUGCAAGAAUUCGACGUUCGAUACACGGAGGCCUGGUGACCCGAGGUUACAUCCAGCACCUCACCCAUCGAGGGUAGCGAUCGUCGUGACGUGAAAACGAAGAAACAACGCUAAGGUGCUUUUAAGUCAUUCGGAGUAGACAAUUUUGAAACUGACCGAAGUGACAUUAUUAUCGUUCGAAUUUUCGGUGUUAAUCAAUUUGAUAUAAUAUCGAAUGACGGCGAGACUCUACAAGAGAGUUAAACAAAGUCUGUUAUUAUCGAAACACUGUAAGCAGGAUAAGCGAAAAGACUUUUAUCGAAUCUUUAUCGCAUCUUCGACGAUGCUUAUACUUGUACGGUUUAACCGCGAUCGAUGUUCCGUUCCUUCCAGAGGGCGAUAAGAAUCGAUGAGUAUCAAUGAAAAUCCAUUAACGCAUCUUCCUUUCAUUUUCGAUAGAUGUUAUUUAUUCGAAAGAAAUGUUAGACAAAAAGAUCUUCCUCCAGAGUCUCGAAUCAACGAGUCGAUUCGACGACGCCGUCGCGACAUUAAUUUAGAGAUGUUCCUUCCGCGUCGUCGGAGUCUACAUUUUUCAGGGACAUUCCAGCGUCGCAAAUUUAAGACGUCAGUUUCCACGAAGGCGCACAUUCGUUUGAAUAAACGAAGAGCGUCGUUUGCAUAAAAUGCGAGUCUGAACGGAACGCAGAGUCACGCGAGGAGACACGUAAUCGCGUCGAAGAAGCGAUCCUUAGAAUAUGAGUCGUUUGCACGAUAAGUUGUCGGAAUGCCAUUCGAAAAUGGCAAAGGGAUUAUUUGUGCGCUAAUAUUGUGCGCACACACAUACACACAAUAAUAGACGCGAUUGCCUCGACGUUUCUCAUUGAAAACGAUCCGCGUUUAACGAUCCUUUGCAUUUUACACAAGUCUGAAGGUCGAGCAUCAACUUUAACGGUAAUUUCAACAAGUCCUUUACCUACUUCUAGUUCUAGAAAAGCGAGUUGUUUUUAUUCGUAUUUUUAUGUCGAGAAAAGUUAAAGGCGUAACACGAUAUUUAUCUUUUUUUAUUAUUCGCGUACAUAAUUUUUUGUGUUAAUAUUUUUGAUAGAAAUUAAGUGUAUCGCCAUCCGACUUUACUUUAUCGAAUGCGUGUUCACCACUUGCGCUGAUAAAGUUAAUAAUUAUUUAGAUUCGCGUCGCGAAAAAAACUAUCACCGGAGUGUGAUGCUGAUAAAAAAAAAUAGACGCUAUUAUUGAUGCGUAAUUUUACAUAAUGAAAAACCACACAAUUUUUCCUGCCUACAAGCUGACUUCUCUUAAUGUGCAGACAAGAAAAAUCGUUGGACAGUUUAUCAAAUCAUCAUCCACACAGGGUCGACAUUGAUUGUAAGCUUCCUAUCAGCAAAGUUUACAAUAAUGAUGAUGAUGAUGAUGAUGAUGUUGAUCUUCCACGAUCUUGGAAACAAAGACUGCUCCCAAUCGAGUGUCAGCGCGUUGCUGGGAUCGCAGCCGCCAAAUCGAUCCUCCUCUUGCGAGAAGUGUCCUCUCGCGAGGGACACUCUCGAUUAACUCCUUUCCGUUCGAGGCGUGCCCAACUGCCUUAAUCAGCGAGUUCUGAGCGACCACUGCCACAACGCGCGAACGCAAUUUUACUUUAGAGAAAAAAAGAAGAAAAAGCGCUCGCGCGCGAAGCUUCGCGUUUCCUCGUGUAAAGGCGAAGCUUCGAGUCGCGGACGACGCGGAGUCGCACUCGUGCAUUUCGUUCCCUAGUGUAAAUAGAUAAGUAGACAAUUAAGGAAACGUUCUCCCUUUCUCCUGUUUCUCCUCCGAUUAUUAAUACAAUUUUAUGCGUAGAUUUUAAUAAUUUAUUCUCUAGCUAGA